CUUAGAAAAGAGGAAAACAGAAGGGAAAAAGGGGAUAAACGGGGAAGAGGAGAAAUCGAGAAGGGAAGAUGGAGAGCUCGAGAGUCAGGGAGCAAGGGAAGGGAAGGAAGACGCCGCGAUUAUUAAGGAGGCUUCGACUUCUUCACCCUCAUGCAUCCGUCGCUGCCACCAUCAUCAACCGAAGUUGCUGCGCAUGGAGAGAAGGGAGACCGCGCCCAGUCGUCACCAGCGCACUAGUGUCCUGCUGCUGCCGCCAUCGCGCCUGGGUGUUGCCGUCAAGCUCGCAGCUACCGUCACCAUGGAGACUUCCACCAUCAUCUCUGAAGUCGCUCGUCGGUUAGGGCAGGCAGAGGGGGAAAUACGAACAACCAGGAAGAGGAGAAGAACACUGGUGGGUGUUUUCUUAGCCAUUGCCGCCGAAGGAAGCUCUGCCACGGUUGUCUCCUCCGUCACUACCACGAUCGUCGUUCCGAUUCCCAUUCUCAAAACCUCAUGUUGAUUGCAAGGUAGUUCUGCAGACUGCAUGGAAUAUCGGUAGGGAUGAAAUUUAGGCAGGUGCUAAUCUAGUUCAUGUAAGUCAGAACUGCCCUUUCAACCUUGUGUCAUUCACUCAUCAAUUUUGGUCCAUGUUUUUUACAUCUCACUUUUCUUUGAUUCUGUUACUUGAUGAUACAAUUCUGUACCAAGACCAAUAGCAAGAAUUUCUGUUGGAAUUAUGGCUUUGACUCUCUUGCUUUUUGUGCUCAAGUCAGUCCUCUCUACGGUGUUCUUUGCUUUGGUAAGCUUUCCUUUUUUCAAAAAUAAAAAAAUUCAUCAAAUUAAAGUUCUAUUGAUAUUGUUUGUACAAGUCAUUUAUUUCAUGAGAGAUAGAAAUAUAGUAAUCUAGGUUACAGUUCACUAGAUCAAUACAUUGAUUCGGCUAUGCCAAAAUCAAGUUAGUAUCGUCCUAUUAGCUUUUAGGACAAACUUUUAUCUCCAUUCAUCAAGAGAGAUACUGUUCACACUUAUGUGGAGAUUCUGUUAUUACUCGCGUCACACAGCUAGCUGAACUAAUUUUAUUGGGGAAAAAGUUAAACUUAGAAUGAAUUGAAAUCAAAUGAAGCCAUAUAUAGUAGUUUUGUGUUGUCUAUGUCUUGCAUAGAGAAUUAUCAUUCAUGGUUCAAGAGGCAAUGCAAUACCGUGAGGAGCUAACAAAGGAAAUAGAUGUGCUCAAAGAAAAACUUGAAGAGCAACGAACACGGAAAGAGAAAGAAUUAGCUCUAAUGUAAGCUUAAUUGGAAGCUCAACAAGCCGUUGUGAACUCUUUCACAGCGCGCUUUGACAAUAAAAGAAACUAGACCCUAAAGGUACUCCUAAAAUUGCUUAUGAUUUUAAUACAUUUUCCUAGAUGAUUCCUAUAUUAUUAGUAUUAAUUUGUAUAUGGAUCUAUUUAUGACAUUUUACUUGUAUCAUGGUUGAGAAAUGACAAAUGUCCUAUUAUUUGGUUUGAUAAUUUUGGUUGUGUAUUGGCUGAGAAAUAAGUUGUGAAUUGGUUGUUUUUGUUGAAACCGUAGACGGUGGAAAUAUCCAAGUUUUAGGGGAGGUUCUGCCAAAAUUUUUCUAAACAUUUUAGACUGGCAUACACGUAGUUCUCAUUCUUCAUGGCAAUGGAAAAUAAACUGAGUUACUUUGCCGUCUUCUUUAGGAGAUUUGAUGAUAUGUUGCCAUUCACGAUGACAAAAGCAUGCCACAGGUUCUGCGCAAAUGUGAAAACCUUAUCAAUUUUCUCGAUCCUUCUACUACUGUUCUUGAUGGAUGUGGCUCUGUCCUGCGUCCAGGACAAGCCGGUAUUACCUGAGGAUGAGUCACGUGAGAGGGUAGAGGAAGAUGAUAGAUGGCAUGGUUAAAUGCUUCUGAAAAUAUUUUGGACCAUGAAAGGGCUGAAGAAACCGAUGUUACGGCUGAUGGCGGUUGUGACAUUCAACUGGGUGGCAUUGUUCGGGUUCUUCUGGUACAUCUCUGAUUGGAUGGGGAGCGAGGUGUACGGUGGGGAGGAUAAAAAGCUUUACUCUGUUGCAAUACCAUUAUAUACCAUAGGCUACUGGUAUGGAGUUCAGUGUCUUAUGCUAACUUGGGCGGUUACGGGUCUUAUGUCCUUGGCUGUGGAGCCCAUUGGGCGAGCUGGAAAUUUUAUUCUUGCUAGUGGCUUGGCAAUGACGCUUUACAUCAGCAAGCUAGCUAAGGACGAGCGGCUCGAGCGCAAUGAUUUAACCUUUACUCGUGAUCCCUCCAACGACAUUCGGGAUUGGGUCUUGCGUUUUUUCGGCAUUCUCGACAUUCCCCUUGCAAUAACAUUGAGUGUCGCGCUUGCACUAGCAUCCAUCUACUCAAACGAGAGUGGUGCAGGAAAAGGUUUACCUCUCAAUCUUAUAAUUGGGGUUUCGAAGAUUAUAGUGGCAACAGUAAGUCUACUAUGGAACAACAUGUUUGGAGGUUGAAACCUGUCCACCUUUGAAGUAGGUGCAGUGGCAGCCGCCGUGAGCAGCUGAAUGACCAUUUUUUUCUUGCAUUCUACGACGAAAUCAUACGCUAUCAGAAGCGGCAAAAAAAGUUGUUAUCCCCAUGGGUGAUUUCCAAUUGGUGUAUUUUCUUGUGUUAUUCUCUUAUUUGGAUUUAAUGAAACUGGUUUUGGAUUGAGUUUAGAAUAUACCUAAUUUAUGAAUGCUAUAUUUUUUUAUAUUAAUAUUAUAUUUGGACAAUCAAUAAAGGUAAUUAAGAUGAUACUGAAAUAUAAACUUAUAA